CAGUGAGAGAGCGAGUAGACACAACACAAUUCUGCUCAAACAGCUACAGCGAUGGCGAGCAGAGUUUACGCUCAUUACCACCACGCCGAUGCCUGUAGCAAAGCACGCUGGGACGCCAGAGAGACCUUUCGGUUUAUGUAUGAUAGGCCCUGGCAACAUGUUCUUGAUUUCUACUCAAACGCAGUGGAAGGGAAACUUUCAGUUCUGAAAUUGUUUGAGGACAAUAAAACUUUGGUCCGUGAUGAUGAUGCAAUAACCCAAGGGACGCCUCUUGAAACUGAAUUGGACACUUCUGGUAGAAAAGACGGAAGAACAGGGAGGUGGGAAAGAGUAAAUUUCAAGAUUGUUCUUUCGUACAAUGGGGCUUCAUUCGAUGGAUGGCAGAAACAGCCUGACCUACACACUGUUCAGAGUGUAGUAGAGAAGUCUCUCGGGGGAUUUGUUGAUGAAAAGAAAGCCCAACUACUCAAGAAAAAAUGUAAACCAUUAGAAGGCCGUGUACUUGUUUCUGGAAGAACCGACAAAGGAGUGUCUGCUCUUAAUCAAGUUUGUUCUUUUUAUACCUGGAGAAAAGACAUUGAACUCAUUGAUAUUGAAGAUGCUAUCAAUAAAGAUGCUUCUGGGAAGCUUAGGGUUGUGUCAAUCUCUAAGGUUUCCCGAGCAUUUCAUCCAAAUUUUUCUGCAAAAUGGAGGCGCUACUUGUAUAUCUUUCCCUUGGAUAAUGCUGAGCCGUGUGAGAGUGGAAAGACUCGUGAAAAUUUUAUCUUUCAUGAGAACCACGGAAAGCAAAGAAAUGGGCUCUUAAGUGAAGAGGAGACCGAAGGAGUAAGCGAGGAUGAUGAGCUUGAAAUUGAUGAAACAGAAAAAGUGAAUGGGCUUCAAGUAGUAGAAAAACCAAGUGAGUUCAGUGUCAGCAAGGUUGAUCAACUUUUACAGCAGCUUCAAGGAAAAUUAUUAUCCUACAAGAUGUUUGCGCGUGAUACGAAAGCUGCAAGAAACGAAGGUCCACCUACAGAAUGUUUCAUGUACCAUGCACGUGCAGCCGAGAUUAGAUUGUCCUGUCCUGACUAUGUGGAAGGAAGAAGAGUGAUGUGUGUUGAGCUAGUCGCUAACCGAUUUCUCCGCAAGAUGGUUCGAGUUCUUGUAGCAACGUCAAUCCGAGAAGCUGCUGCUGGCGCAGAAAAUGAUGCAUUGUUAAAACUGCUGGAAGCUUCAUGCAGAAGAGCCACAGCUCCUCCGGCUCCAUGCGAAGGUCUCUGUCUAUUCGACGUUGGUUAUGCUGACUUUGACCCUCAAACUUCUCUCAUUUCCUGAGAAUGGCAUUUAUAAUACGUUUGACUAUCACAUAUUGGAUGAAAUCUUCAUGCUUUAGCUUGGAAGUCCCCUUGUCGUUUAAGGAAGCAAGACAGAAUAUUUUUUGUAUCAUGGUUGUGGAAAUACAGUAGUUUUAGCCUUGAAAUUGGUUUGCUAUUCAUGUUCUUUUAUCACUAGCAUUCUCAUGUGGACGUAAAUGAGUAUGUAUUGCAGGUUUUA